UUAGUUGGAUUAGUGGGAUUUAAUACCCACUCUUAACAGAAAAGUGACCCACGUAGCUUACAAAGGAGGAACGACUUAGUAGCCCUCCGCAAGACGGUUUUGGGAACAACGCCGUUCUUGUAACGAAGAAUCUAAAAACGAGUAACUAGGGCUGGCUAUUUGGUUCGGGCUUUUUGGUUUUACCUGAAACCGGACCGUAUAACCCAGACCGAGACCGGAUCGGGACCGGAUAGCAAACAAUUCGAUUCAAUCCCCCCUCAGGCCACUCAAAAUUUCCACAAGCUCAAUCUAAAAUCAAAACCAAAUUGGGACCGGAUCGGUUCAAAACCGGACUGGAUCAAGACCAGACUGUAUCCAAUCCAAUCUUUGGUCCUUAUAUUCUCGAAAAAACCAGACCGGGACCGGAUCAAUUCAGGCCAAUUUAACUGGACCGGACCGUAUAGCCACCCCUACGAGUAACAUGGAGUGGUUUGGUGAGGGAGCCCGCCAAUUGAUGAGCGGUAGGAAUAUGUCGGACACGAAGGACACCAUCUUGGACAAGAUUACGGACAAAAAGAUAUUCAAGUGCCAAAUGCUUCAUGCGAGAAUGGUGGAUAGGAUUACCCGCGAAGUUGACAACGCCAAGGUUGUCGCAGUAGAGGACCGGGUGGGGAGGAGUGAGGUUGAUGAAGCUCACGAAGCAGAUUUUGAACCCAAAGGAGUUCAGAAGUAGCAUGAGUCAAGGCGCGAUACUCGCCCUCAGUACUAGAGCGGGCCACCGAUCGCUGCUUCUUUGAGUUCCAUGAAAUAAGGUUGCCGCCAUAGUACACAAGAAAUGCCAUGGUAGAGGUAUGAUCAUUGGGAUCUCCGGCCCAGUCAGAAUCAACAAAGGCAACAAAAUCAGUUGAGGCUGCGGGUGUUAGGCAAAGGCCAAGGGUGGAAGUGCCUUUGAGAUAUCGGAAGAGGCGCUUGACAUGCUGUUAAUGAAGAGUAGUAGGAGCAUGCAUGAAUUGUGACAAUUUGUUCACCGCGAAGGCGAUGUCAGGACGAGUGUAGAGGAGGUAUUGCAGCGAACCAAGGGCCUGUUUAUACAAAGUAGCAUCUGCUGGUGGAGAGCCUUCGACGAGACGAAGUGUAGCCAUCGAAGCAAGGGGAGUGGGCACCGGUUGAGAAUCAUGCAUAUCAAAACGAUGCAACAUAUCAUUGACAUAUUUGUGUUGAGAUAACAAGUAACCUGUAGUAGUAGAAAGAACUUCUAUUCCCAAGAAGUAGUUGACACGGCCGAGACUCUUGAGAGAGAACUAAGAGGCUAGGUGAUCCUUAAAUCGGGCGAGAGAGGGGCAAUCAUUCCCCGUUAAGAGAAAAUCAACAACGUAGACAAGGAAAUAGAGCAUGACACCCUGAUGAUGAUAAACGAAUAAGGACGCAUCAUACUCGAUUUGACGAAUCCUUCUUGUGCCAGAAAACUCGACAAUGCCAUGUUCCAUGACCGUGGAGCUUUACGGAGGCCAUAAAUGGCCCGAUUAAGCCAACAGACAUGAUCGGGAUGAGCACUAUAACGAAAACCGAGAGGUUGAGUCAUAUAUACCGUCUCCUGGAGAGAGCCCUGUAGGAAAGCAUUGUUAACAUCAAAUUGAAAGAUAGGCCACCAUUCCCGCAUGAAGCAUUUGAAACUUGACUAUCUCUUUGUCCGUGAUCUCGUCCAAGAUGGUGUCCUUCAUGUUCGACAUAUUCCUACCGCUCAUCAAUUGGCGGACUUCCUCACCAAACCACUCCCUGUUACUCGUUUUCAGCUUCUUCGUUCCAAGAUCGGCGUUGUUCCCACCACCGUCUUGCGGGGGCGUGAUAAGGAUACUAUUUAGUUUAAUUAAUUAUGUAUUUAAUUCACUAUUGUAAGUGGUUAAGCCCACUAAGCCGUUCAUCCUUUGUAGGCUACGUGGGUAACUUUUCUGUUUAAGAGUGGGUAUUAAAUCCCACUAAUCCAACUAAUGAAAGAUGCAAUUCCAAGUCCUCACAUCAACAUCCGACCAGCCCCGUCCUGUUCUUAGCGCAUUCUAUCUCAAUUUCUUACAAUAUCUAUACAUAUUUUUCAGAUUUUGACUUUUCUUCAACGAUCUUUCAACUUGUUAGACUCAAUUACCUAUUCUAUUAUUACUAUUUUUCAUUGAAAAAGUGUUUUUCCAUUUAUUUUAUCGUAAAAAGUAAAAUUUGCGUGUAUUUUUUUCAAUUAACAUGUAAGAGUAGGUCUUCCCGCCUCGAACCCGUGUGAGUUUUACCCACCUUGACCGACAGUAGCGUGGGACGGGACAUAGCUACUGAGUUAGCCGCCCCGCCCAUUGCCAUCACUAAGCAUGUGAGAUAAAAUGGUAGAAGAAAAGAGCAAGCUCAUGGAAUACAACUGAGUCACGAAUACAAAUUUAGGAAAUUCUUAGAAGGGAUUGUAUGGCUGUCACUUAAAAGAUUUUGUAUGCUUUGUAAUUGCAUAUUUAGUAACGAACAAAUGAGAUGAGAUAAAAUCCUCAAAUAUUUAAUAAGAGUUUGAAACCCGAUCCUAAGUCCCAAUUAUAAGCGACAUGUACGUACAAUACAAAGUGAAAGAUAUUAUAGAGGUUUGGGUUGUAUGAGAGAUACGGUUGUUUACAUUACAAUAUUCGUCCUUCCUCUUGGACCCAUUACUUUACCUCGCUCUCACAAACUCUUUACUAUUUUGCUUUGCUCCACCACCAACCACAUUCUAUUCUAGAUGAAUUUAAUUUCAAUUUGAAUCACAAUUUUCUUCUGAAAGUUCAACAUAACUAUUCUUUAAUUUCAUUCCUCGAUUCCAUUAUAAACGAAUCCGACCAUCCAAUUGUGAUCAGUGAACACAAAUCUAACAUAAAAAUGCAGGUGACCACAAGUCACAGCAUUUCAAUGUACUGUAUGUCCCUACAUCAGAUUCCCCUACUGACAACUAUGGAGAUUCAAAACUUUUUUCUAUGGUCCCAAACUGCCAGUCUGACUCAGAAUGAAGAAUUAAUUUAACUUCCCAUCUUGACCCAAAAAGUACAGUAGUUAAUAAAUCCCCAUGCACACAUCCAUUUAUAUUACAGAGCCCAAAAAACCUAAUCCUCGAUAUGUUCAAUGUUAAUGCCAAGUCAUGUUUUAGUCUCUUUGUUUGUUUGUUUGCUUGCUAUUGAUGAAACCCACUUAUUGAACGCUAAUUAUGAAACAGUUAGCUAUACAACACUGUAAAGCCCAAAUUAUAAAAUCUGCACAAGGAAAGGAUGCUGGCUGGAAAGGUAGAGAAAAAGGCAAAGAAUGCAUUAGGCAGCAAUAACGUCAAAUCCCCCACCUUAUCUCUCCAUUGCCGUCCCAUUAUCGUGCUUAUGACAAUUACGUCUCAUCCCGCCCCACUAGCUGCUCCAUCUUUGCUUCAGCCUUCAAAAUGAGAAGCAAUUAUGAUAUCUUAGCCUAAACUGCAUUGGAUUAUCACUGAUGCACCUCUCACUUACGUUAUUAGUUGUUUAAUAUAUACUUGUUAUCAUAAGCAUGACUUAAUUUUUAUAAUCAUUGGCUACUAUAUCACUUGGUUGGCAGAUUUGUUAUCCAUUCGAUUUAUUAAUAUGAGGUAGUGAUAAUUACCGGAAAAAAAUAAUAAUAUAUGAGGUAGUGAUAUAUGCACAGUUGCACCCGUUUUAAAAAAAAAAAAAACAAUGUUGUCAGAACCGAACCGGAGCAUGACCCUGUAAUGCGAACGGCUCGCACUUUAGUGGCCCAUCCGGCAUUAGAUCGUUUAAAAACCGUUAGAAAACCGAUACCUAAUAAACGUUAUCAGUACAAAUAGUGGACAUUUCUUAAUCAGAGCUCAUCGCUUUCCUUCGAAAUUGUGAAAUUGAAAUAAUGAUUUAGUUUGAGAGCCCUACAUUUUUUGUUUAUUUCAAUUUUUAAUUUUCUGCAAAUUUUUAAUUAAAUUUAACGGCUGGAUGACAAAACCGGACGAGCGGCUCGAUCGGCUCCAGCGAUUAACCGUCUCGGUCGCUCGUCAACCGCUGCAUAAAACCGGAGCGGCUUUUAAACUGUUCCUAAACGAUUUUUGACCGGGUGGCGGUUUUAGCGAUCGGGCCAAGCGGCUCGGCUUUAAUAACACUUAAAAAAGACUUAAUGUUUAUAAUAAUGUUGCUAUGAUUCUCGUGUGGUAAAAAUUAACUGUUUUGAUUGAUAUGUUACCGUGCUAGAUACAUUCAUUCUAGAUAUACCGGUCGAUCAACCACCUUAACAGAGUUAAAAAUCGACUAUAAUUUUCUAAUGUCCUAAAAUGUUUUGCUAUUUAGUAACUUUGAAACCGUGUCGUGCCGAUGUUUACAUUGAAAAAGUAUCUUACCGGGGUUAAAUUGGUAUGCGGGUUUUGGUGGUAUGAAAUGGUGAAUCACGGUUAAAUUAUAGUUCCAACAUAGAAUAUCAUACUACUAAUUUUUCGGGUACAACAUCCGGUACCGUUUUACAAUCUUUUGAUUUUUUUGGGUUACAAAUAGAAUUGACUAUUUUUUAUUUCUACCACAAAAUAUGGAAGAGCUUAUUGAGUUGUUCCUUCUUUUGGCAAACUCAUUCCCCAAAUUGGAUCACUGCAAAAUCUCUUGUGCUGUGGGCGACAACGUAAACAUGGGAGGAGAAUGGUGGCAGUAAAGGGAACCAGCAAAGCUUCUGAUAAUAAGAUCAGAUCUGACGGCAGAUUAGAUGAGGCGAGGAGUGUGUUUGAAAUUGCGCGCCCGUAGCCCAUGUGAAGUCCACAGAAAGGACAGACGGAGUCGCCGGAGCGGUGGCGGUGGUACGGACAAAAAUAAGAUGCCCUUCUGGCCUUCUCCCUCCCUCUCUCUCGGCGCCACUGCACAAAGUUAAUUUGCCGCUCCAAGAUUUUUCACCGCUCCGGUGACGGAGGGAGAGGGUAACGGGACCCACAUGGUUUGGGAGGAAAACGAUUAAAUUAGGUACGGUAAUUAAUUGAUAUCGAAAAUUAGGUCACAUUUAAUUGAUAAUAGUAGUUUUGUGUUUGAAUCUAAUACGGUAUACAUAUUUGUGCAAAUUUCAAUUUCAUAUAAGUUGAUUUUCUUAUGAGGGAGCAUGCUAGUAAAUGGUAUCAUAUAUAUUAUUGAAUAUCUUUCAACAACUCGAUUUGUUUGAUACUAAAUGUUUUUUUACAAAGAACAUUAUUAGAAAGCUAAAUCAUGAAUUAUUGAUUGGUGUAGGAUUUAUUAUUAAACCUCUAUCAACAACUCGAUUUACUAAUACAAACAGUUCUUGACAAAGAACACCAUUUGAAACAGUACGAGUGUACGACUAACUAAAUCAAUAAUUCUUUGGUACGCAGAAUGAUAUUCUUGAUAUUUUUUACUUGCAUUUUAGUUGACAACAAAUUUUCAAUUUAAUUAACAAAAGCUAUUUUAUCAUGUGUAUUUUUUUUCUAGGUGGACCCACCUUAAAAGAAAUUCUGGUUAUGCCACCGACUCGGGCUAUAAUUAAUUAAUAAUAAAAUACUGCUUUGCUAAAAUGCCACGUGAAUUUUCUGGCACAGGUACGUAGUACUUUUUCUGCGCAAAAAUAAUCGCCGAGUUUUAUG